AUGAAUUUUUCAUUCUCAAGUGGAAAUUUUCAUUUGCAUAAGUUCAAUCAUCAAAAUGAAAAUCAUCAAUUUUCCACUAAUUUCAAUGAUAAUCAUCAGAUCCGUUACUCCAAUCAAAAUUUAAUUAAUUCUCAAGCUACCUCAAAUCCAUCAACACAAUCAGUAUCGAGUUCAACAAUUCAUUAUGGACAGAAUUUAUAUCAGCCACAAAACCAUGAUUACGAUAGAGAUGUUAAGUCAAAAUCUCUCACAUCAAAAAUGGAACGAGAUGAGGUAUUGCCGUUUCAUAGUAUGAAUCAAUCAUGGAAUCCAUCGAAUGGAGCUGACUAUUCGUCACAUUUAUUAUCAGCUACGUUGCCUAUAUCGAUCCAACAUAUUUUGAAAUAUUCGGAGAGUAUUAAGAAGGAAUCGUCUGCUGUAAAUACGAGUGCAAAUAAUAUGAGCAGUCUUUUAAAUACAGGGAGUGAUUUACUUGGUCUGAAAAACUCUGUUGGAUCGAAUUUAAUAUCAAAUGUUGCUUCUAUGGUUAAUCAGCAUCAUUUAAAUCAUCAUCAACAUCACAAUUUCAUUAAUGGAAAUGACAAUAACAUGGAUCAUCACCAUUCUUCCAGCAUUAACAUUCCAACUCAUAAUUCGAUGCUUUUAAGUCACAAUCAAAAUGGAACUGGACUUAAUAUGAAAAGCCCAACUAUGGUACAGAUUGGCAAUAAUGGAAAUAUUUCAACCACCACGCCAACAACGACCACAGGAACAAAAAUAAAGAAAGAGCGCAAAAAGUCUAAUAAGCAGACAAACACUGAGAAAAAACCCAAAAAGAAGAAGCCUCCAAAAGAGCGAAAGCCUCGACCAAAACCUGGUGAGAUUCGCGAGAAGACAGCACUUGAUGGAACCAUCCUGUAUUGCUGUCCAGAAUGUCAGAUGGCUUUGCCUGAACGUGAUCUGGUCGAACAACACGUUGUACAACAUGCUGUUGAGAGACGUUUUAAAUGCGACAUCUGUAGUGCUGCUCUAAAGCGAAAAGAUCAUCUUACGCGACACAAACUUAGUCACAUACCAGACAGGCCACAUGCUUGCAAUAUCUGCAUGAAGACAUUCAAACGAAAAGAGCAAUUAACACUACACUAUGUUAUACACAGUGGCGAAAAGAAGCACGUCUGCAGUGAAUGCGGAAAAGGUUUCUAUCGGAAAGACCACUUGAGGAAGCAUACACGCUCGCACAUUGCAAGACGGGUCAAAUCGGAGAUGAGCGCACAAAAUAAUGGAAAUGGGACUGUUAAUCCUCAGCAUACGGGACACAUUUUACACAAUACGUCAUCCUGA